ACUCAAUGGCAUUGGAUUUUGAAAUUAUAAACGUCUCACUUUUGAUUGGUUUCGGAACGUAAACGUUUAUAGAUGUUUUUCAUGUUUGUUUUUUCUGUUUCUGACUUGUAGACUAUUCACCUCCAGCCAUAAGAAAUAGUCAAGUCGCUAACUGAAUACUUACUUGUCACACAAAACCUGAUGUUUUGCAUUGUUACGGACGACAUUAAAUAUACUUAUUAUACCCGAGCUCCCAAUUUCGGGGAAAAUUUGACCCAUUCUGGGAAAGCCACUAUAGUAAACUUUAAGGAAAUUUUGGGGUAAUGGCACAAAAACCACCAAAUUUCCUCAGACCUGGGGAAAUUUCCCAAACUUGGGAGCUCGCGGGUACGUAUAUAUACAUACUAUAUACGAUUAUAUAUAUAUUAUACGAUUUUAUUUAAUCGUAUGGCAUGAUAUGUACUUAUAUAAAGUUGUCGCUUGUCUCAUUCAGUUAAUACUUAAUAUGGUAUGACUGCAAGGUAUGGCCGAAAAUUGUUGUUGAAAGCUGUGACAGAAUUUUAAAACGGAUAUUAUCGAUAAAUAAUCAUUCUUAGUUUGUUCGCCAAAAACCAAUCCUGGGAAAUUUGUUUAAACAUACAUCACUCUGAAGUCUGGGUUCUAGUUUACGCUUGCAGCUCUCGGCUAUGUAUGUAAACAUUCUGUUUCUCUCCUCCAAUCUUUACUAGGUCGCUUAAUACUAUGUGGGUUAAUUGAGUAUAUUUCCCAUUAAAAAUAUUCAAUCACGACCGCUUGCGCCUGCACUGAUUUGCCUUAGGAAAUUAGGCUGUUAGCGACCUGAUGAAAGCCGUUCUUCGGGAUGUCUUAGUAUACUAUUCUAGUUUUAAGGUCCACCUAUGUCUGAGUAACUAGUAUGCUCAGGGUUGUUGAUCAGUACAGUUGAAUUUGACCUGUCUCCCGAUACUUCAACAUAUGGUUAGAUGUGACUUUGUUUAGGUAAGCUAUGCUGAGUAUUUUCUCGUAAAUGGUUUCUAUGAUCCAAGAGUUUCGUGCUCACUACUUUUGCCUCACUUAGUUGACCUGAUGAAGAAGAAAUUGACGGACUCCUACGAGUUAGCUAGUUUUGAUUUUAAUUUAUUUAACACGCCCAAGCUCGGAAAUUCUGUCAAAAUCCAUGACAUAUAAACCUGACUACUUUAAAAGUACAACAAACAUCUUGCUACUUAAUGGAUUAGAUUAGUAGAAGCUUGUAAUUAUGACCGUUUACAUAAACACCGUGUUUUAGGUCCUUAAGAUUUAUCUCAACCUACCCUCAAAUUAUCCUUAAAAAUUAAAUUUGUGAUCCUCAUCUUAGUUUUGCCGAUGUAUCAAUAUGAAUCACAGCAUAUUCAUAGUCAUCACAGAGCUAUUUAUAAGACAAAUUAAUUAUUUUUUCAUAUUUGUUUUGCAGGAAACAUUUUUCUCGGACUAUUAUCGUCACACAACUUUAAUGAACCUUAAUUUCUAUUGUCAUGAAUAUUAAUCUGAAUAUUUACAAUGUAACUAUUACUGGGUUAGCGUUUUUCUUUCUUUUUGCUGCGUUUCAAACAGCUUCCUUAACUGCACAAAAUGUUUUGGAAGCUGUCUCAAAACAGCGUAACAACAGUUUUGAUGGCACAGGUUACACUAGCUUAGCAAUAGUGUAUAUCUCAUUUGGCUUAUUCAACUGGUUUGCACCAAUUGUUGUGAUGUAUCUGGGAGAAAAAUAUUCUAUGAUCGCUGGUUCAUUUUGUUAUGCUUUAUACAUUGCUUCAUAUAUUGAACCCUUUGAGUGGAGCUUGUAUUUAGCAUCGUUGGUAAAUGGAAUCGGUGCAGCAGUGUUGUGGACUGCUCAAGGUGCAUUCAUUACCGAUUGUUCUACCAAAUCUAAUUUAAAUCAACAUUUCAGUCUGUUCUGGGGAUUAUUUCAAGCUAACCAAAUAGUUGGUGGUUUGUAUGCUUACCUAUCAUUAUCGAAUAUAGAUGAAAUCUCUCGCACAUUGCGUAUUCAGCUUUAUGGUGGAUUGUUGGGAUGUGCUGUUUUUGGAAUUUUAUUAUUAUUCACGCUGAGAAAGCCUCAUAAAAUAGACAAUAUUUCACACCAGCAGUUAAUUAAUAUCGAGAUAAAUUCCUCUAGUGAUAACUUAAGUGAAUUAACUCCAGAUUACUCAACAAUACAAAAUCGUUCGACAGUCUUUCAGUCGACUUUACACUCUUUACGUAGGUCGGCUAGAAUUCUAAUUACAAGACCAAUGAUUUGCAUACUUGUGGCAGCAGCAUUUACUGGUAUUAAUUUGACGUUCUAUUCAAGUCUAUAUGCUUCUGCGUUAGGACAUUGUUUACAUUUCGGUAGAAAUGCAAAGUCUUAUAUUGGAUUAGCUGGCCUGUUUAUUGGGAUUGGAGAAAUUGUCGGUAGUUUCUCUUCACGUUUAACUCGGUGGAUUCGUUUAGAAGGAGUUCUAGUUAUUUUUGGUUAUAUCAGUGCAAUUGUAGCUGGCUAUUUCACUUUCAUGAUGUUACCGACAAACAGUUCUAUAAAAGAUACGGAUGAGCUGUCUUAUAUCACUCCUAAUGUAUAUUUGGCUAUGCUCAUAGCAUUUUUGUUUGGUGCUGUGGAUUCCGUGUGGAACACACAAAUUUCCACUUUAAUUGGUUUCAUUUAUGGUGAACAUGGAAAGGAUGUUACAGUUGGAUUUGCUUUAUUCAAAUCUGUUCAAUCUAUCGUAUCGGGAAUCGCUUUUGUCUAUAGCACUUACUUACUAUUACACUGGCAAAUACUCAUUUUUGUUGUAAUGGCUACUAGUGGUUUGUAUUGCCUACUCAGUGUUUAUUGGUCACAUCUAUCUUGCUCAGUAAAUUUGAUCGCCUAGACUGAACGAGUUUCUCCAUGCUAAUAUAACAAAACAUUAACACCUCAGUACUCAACAAAAAGUUAACUGUGAUUACUCUUGAAAACCAUCUUGUCGUUAUUACAUAUCCCUUUCGAAAUUGACAAUGUUAAAGAAUUGUUUGCAUAGGAAAUCGGCUUUUGUGUACAUUUUCUUUCCUGUGUUUUUUUUAUUUAUUCAGUUUGUUCUCAACUAUCGAUGAAUUUUAUUUCAAUCACGAUUAAAAAUCAUUACGACUCAGUGUAUGUAAUUUGUCUCAAUAAUGGAAGCGUGAUCAAUGUACUUACUUGUUUCUUUGACAAGUAAUAAACUGACAAAUUUUUUUCAAGUAAAAGUGCCACUGUGACACUAACUGAAAGGUCAUUCUCUUUUUCUAGAAUUAAGAAUCAUAUGAAGGAAGAGUUUCAAACCAUAAGUAG